AUGGAAUCCAAAGAUUCAGCCGCUCACGUUGACGAUCACUACGAUGCUUGGUUCGUUAAGGGACUUCAGGAGUUCGUCAGAGUACCAAAUCUUACAAUGAUGGCAGACAAGGACUUCGCCACCAACGGUCUCAUCUAGCAAGCUAUGGAGGUUGUUGAUAGUUACAUCAACAAACUCGAAGUUUCAGGCAUCACUAGACAUGUGUUCCAUCCUGAGGGUUCAAAUCCACUCGUUGUUUAUGUCGUAGAAGGAAGUGAAGGUGCCACUAAGAAUGUUAUGUUUUAUGGUCACUUGGAUAAACAACCUUGGGGAGCUGGCUGGGAAGAAGGUCUUGCCCCCAAUGAUCCUCAAAUUAGAGGCGAUUACAUGUUCGGUAGAGGAUCCGCUGAUGAUGGUUACUCUGCUUUUGCCACUAUGCUUUCAGUCAAAUCUGUUUAGCUUGCCGGAGGAAAACUGCCCAGAAUUGUGCUAGUUCUUGAAACUGAAGAAGAAUCUGGUAGUCCAAACUUGAUCCCUCUUUUAAACCUAGCAGAGGGAGUGAUUGGCAAGCCAGAUGCCUGCUUCUGUAUGGAUUCAGGUGCCUUAGACUACGACUAACUUUGGUUGACUUCAUCACUCAGAGGAGUCUGCAAUAUGGAUGUUACCAUUGAGGGAGGUAAAGUUGGAUAUCACAGUGGAGAAACUGGUGGUAUCAUUCCAGAAACCUUCAGAGUUGCCAGAGCUCUCCUCAACAGACUAGAUAACUGUGACACAGGUAGAGUGACAGAAGAACUUCAAGUAGCAGUACCAGACUUCAAGCAGCAAGAAGCUGAAAAUCUUGCAAAGAUGUUUGGUGAUAAAUUAUUCACUAAAUACGAUCUCCAUGAAGGUGUACAAUGUGUUGAACAAGACAACAUCCCAGAGAUGUACCUAAAUAAUGUCUGGAGACCAAACCUUUCAGUCACUGGUGCUGAGGGACUUCCACCUAUUGCUGCCGCUGGUAAUGUUUUAAGACCAAAGACCACUCUUAGAUGCUCAAUGAGACUCUGCCCAAAUACCGAUCCAUCUGAUGCUAAGAAAGUCAUGACUGAAAAACUAACUUCAGAUGUUCCUUACAAUGCCAAGGUUACAAUCGAUAAUUGCCAUGCUGGUCCAGGCUGGUGUCAAAGAUAGCUUGAAGACUGGUUACACAAUUCUCUUAAUGAGGCUGGUCAUAAAUUCUUCAAUGGCAAAGAUUAUGGUUCCUACGGUGAAGGUGGCAGUAUUCCUUUCCUUAAGGAACUUUAGAACAAGUACCCUGACACUCAAAUCGUAGCUAUGGGAAUAGUUGGACCAGGAGCCAAUAUUCACGGUCCUAAUGAGAACAUUAACUUGGCUUGUGCUAGAAAGAUUGUUAAAACUCUUGCUCAUGUCAUCAACACAGCAGGAAAUCUUUGA